GGAGAGGGGUGGGUGCGCACGAGUGUGCACGCGGGUCUGGGGGCGACGGCCCUGUGUGGGGCGGGGCUGGGCGGCAGAGACCCGGCGGGGGGGUGGCCCUCGCCUCCGCCCCUCCCCCGCUGCUCUGCGGCCCGCCGCGGCCCCACAUCCCACCGUCAUGCGCGUUAAUCUUCUCUGAUCUCUCUGAUCCCGGGCAUCCCGGCGCGUUGCGGGGCCUCAGGAUUUGGGGCGGGGGAGGCCGGCAGGAACAGCCCCUCAAGGCCCCCCUUCGCCCAGAUGGAGCGGGUGGUCGUGAGCAUGCAGGACCCCGACCAGGGCGUGAAGAUGCGGGGCCAACGCCUGCUCGUCACCGUGAUACCGCACACCGUGGCUGGUGAGGCACGGCCGCCGGUGCGGGGCUGGUGGAGGCCCUGCCUCGGCCCGCCCCUCCCCCAUGCCCGUCUCUGCUGUGCAGGCAGCGACGUCGUGGAGUGGUUGGCCCACAAGUACUGCGUCUCCAAAGAGGAGGCGCUGCACCUGGGUGGUCUCCUAGUGCAGCACGGCUACCUAUACCCUCUGCACGACCCCCCCAGCCUUGUGCUCCGGUCAGAUGACACACCCUACAGAUUUCAGACGCCCUAUUUCUGGACGAGCACGCUGUGGCCAGCUGCUGAGCUGGACUAUGCCAUCUACCUGACUAAGAAGAACAUCCGAAAGCAGGGGACCCUGGUCGGCCACGAGAAGGAGCACUGUGACCAGCUGCACAGGAAGAUGAGCCACAUGUGGGACCUGGUGGUGAUGCAGGCCCGAGAGCAGCUGCGGGCAGCUAAGCAGCGCAGGAAGGGGGACAGGCUGGUCAUUGCAUGCCAAGAGCAGACAUACUGGCUGGUGAACAGGCCCCCGCCAGGUGUCCCCAGCGUCCUGGAGCAGGGUCCAGAGCGUAGCUUCUGCGCUGCUGAGGGAGUGCAGAUGACCAAGAAUACGGAGUUCUACAAGCAGGAGAUGGAACGCUGCAGGAAGGCCCUGACCAGGGCCCGGGUGAAGUCCUCCGUCUGCCUCGAGGCGUACCUGAAGUUCACCAGCCAGCAUGGACCACACGACCCCAUGGUGUCAGGGUGCCUGCCCAGCAACCCCUGGGUCACAGACGAUGACACCUACUGGACCCUGAAUGCACCCAGUGUGGCUGUGCCCACAAAGCUCCGUGUGGAGCGAUGGGGUUUCAGCUUCCAGGAGCUCUUGGAAGACCCCGUGGGACGGGCCCAUUUCAUGGACUUCCUCAGGACCGAGUUCAGCGCUGAGAACCUCAGCUUCUGGGAGGCGUGUGAGGAACUGCGCCACGGAGGGCAGGCCCAGAUCCAUGCCACGGUGGACGCGGUGUACCGGCAGUUCCUGGCCCCUGGUGCUGCCCGCUGGGUCAACAUCGACAGCCGGACGAUGGAGCGGACCCUGCAGGGCCUGCAGCAGCCCCACCGCUACGUGCUGGACGACGCCCAGCUGCACAUCUACAUGCUGAUGAAGAAGGACUCCUACCCGAGGUUCCUGAAGUCUGCCGCAUACAAAGACCUGCUGGCAGAAGCUGUGAUUCCCCCCGAUGCCAAGAGACGGGUGUUCCCGUUUAUGCGUAAGCCGCCGCAUUCGAGCCCCAGCCCUGCUCUCCUACCUGCCUCCACCUCUGGGGAGCCUGUGGCUGUGGCCAGUGGCCCUGAAUGUGGUGAUGGGGACACCUAGGUGGGCAUAAAGCAGGAGGGGAAGCGGACACCCUCCCCGCUUGCCC